UCCGCUUCCUGCCGCGCGCGCGACCAUUUCCGCUCUGCCUGCAGUGUGGCUCUGGGACUUUUCUGACGUCGGGUAAUCGUGGAGGGUAAGGAGUCCCGGGAGCCGCAGCCAUGACGGAGGCUGAUGUAAACCCAAAGGCCUAUCCCCUCGCAGAUGCGCACCUCACCAAGAAGCUGCUGGACCUCGUUCAGCAGUCGUGCAACUACAAGCAGCUCCGGAAAGGAGCCAACGAGGCCACCAAGACCCUCAACAGGGGGAUCUCAGAGUUCAUUGUGAUGGCUGCAGACGCGGAGCCCCUAGAGAUCAUCCUGCACCUCCCGCUGCUGUGUGAAGACAAGAACGUGCCCUACGUGUUCGUGCGCUCCAAGCAGGCGCUGGGGCGGGCCUGUGGGGUCUCCAGGCCAGUCAUCGCCUGUUCCGUCACCAUCAAAGAAGGCUCUCAGCUAAAGCAGCAGAUCCAGUCCAUCCAGCAGUCUAUCGAACGGCUCUUGGUCUAAGCCUGUGGCCUCUGCCUGGCUCUCCCUGUGACUCCAGCUCCAAAAUUAUGUAUGAUAUUAUCUGUGUUAGUCCAUAGUAUUUUCAGUAGCUUUGUUAUAAAAUGUCUAAAUCUGGUUUCUGGGAUUUUUAUUGUUUUUGUCUUACAGGAUGGGUUUUCCCAUCCUCCUCCUACCCUCCCUCUCUGCCAUCCUUUCCCCCUCCCCACUGAGAAGAGAACAAAUGCCCAAAACAGAGAAGCAGAGUGGUGGCACCACUUAGAGGCAGGAAGAGCCAGGAGAAACAUGAGCCAGGACGGAGCUCUGUUUGCCCUGCUGUGUGCAGGGUCGGCUGGGAGCCAACCCCAGCCACUUAGAGCCCUCAAGUGGCACGCAGAAUAGCUGCGUGUGGCACCGUGCUCAAGGAGUUGCCUUUGCUCCCCAGGGAAUUCUCUAUCUGGGGGGCUGCGUGUGUCUGUGAGGUUACUGGGCUGGUGUCCAGGUGUCCCUUACUCACGUGCCCCUUGGUGCUUCUGACAGUGUGAUGUGUUCACACCCCAGCCCCACCACUGCCCCUGGCCCGAGGGAGGCAGAGCAGUGCACCACAGUGAUGUGCUGAGGACUCCAGGUGAGUGGGCCAGGGAGCUGGCUGACAUGGGUGUUGAGCCAGGAGGGGCACAGGCAGCAGGGUUGCCUGAUGCUGGCGUGAAGGGUGUGGGGAGAUCAUAGAGACCUGGCUGGAAGCCACGGCAGAGAUGGCACAACCAGGAAGCGUUUCUCUGUUGAAUGAGGAUUUACCGCCUCAGAGGCCACUGGCGCCGGCUCUGGGAGCCCGGGCCUCUGUCUCCUGCCACAGUGUGGGUCAGAUGUGCUCUUCACUAUACGAGGAGAGCCCUAAUGUGUCCUCUCUGAGCGUCCUAAUAAAUCUCUUCAUGUUCCAUUUUAAA